AUGUAUGUAUAUAUCUUCAGCUGUGCUCAUCCAACCAAACCUACUCCACAAACAGCACCAACUCUUCACCUGAUGAUCAUCCACAAGCAAUUUCAGAUGAUUGAUUAGGUGUUGAUCUAAACAUCAACACAUCGCCAUGGCAGACCAGUUCCAAGCAACAGCACCAAGUUGCACCAGCACCAGCACCAGCACCACCUGGUGGAGAACUCCCACCACCACCGGCUUCGACAUCGCCUGCCGAUCCGAUGAGUCGCCGGCCUCCAUCUCCAGCAGCUCCAUCACCUUCCAGGACAUCCAAAGCAGCUCCCAUGUCUCAGCCCCCAUGUUACUUGACAUGGAUUUAGGCCUCUCUUCCGACUGGAACCAGCCUUUCUUUAGCAGCAGCGGCAGCAGUGGAAGAGCUCAAGAACACCAAAACAGCUUCCAGGCCUUGCUGCAGGAGGACAUGAUCUCGAGGCCAAGUCUAGAGCUCAACCAAAUCCAGAAUAUCGGCUGCUUUGCAUCCAAUAACCUGAUCAACAGCGGGCUGCCUUCGAUCGACUAUGAAUCAAUACUGCAAAAUUCUGAAGUGAGAUUAGCACAGUUCAUGAAGGCUUCAUCACCUUCGCCUCCAAAGCAACAACUGCAGUUCUCUAAUGAGACCCCCUUUUGGAAUCCAUCAGCUAGUGGUGGUAUUAGUACUGCAACCAACCAGGCACACUCAAUGAUCCUCCAAAAUCAAACCUCAAGUUUCAGUAAUAAUCAUUUCAAGAAUAAUGUUCCAGGCCUUGGGGCGCCAUCGUCCAUGGCGAAGAGAAGUGGCAGUGAACCAGCACUCAAGAAACCAAAUUUAGAGACUCCAUCGCCAUUGCCAACUUUCAAGAUGCAGGUGAGAAAAGAGAAGUUGGGAGACAGAAUCACUGCCCUCCAGCAAAUGGUUUCGCCUUUUGGAAAGACCGAUACUGCAUCAGUACUCCAUGAAACGAUCGAAUACAUCAAGUUCCUUCACGACCAAGUUCAGGUUUUAAGUGCUCCCUACUUAAAGAACAGCCAUCAAAACCAGCAAAUUGAGAGCUUGCAGAAAUCAACAGAAGAUUGUGAAGCACAAAAUGAUGUAGAUCUCAGAAGCCAAGGGCUGUGCCUUGUUCCAAUCUCAAGCACUUUUCCUGUUGCCAAUGACAUUCCUACUGAUUUCUGGAACCCGACAUUUAUAGGCAAUUUUAGGUAGGUAAUUAAUUAGAUUGUGUAAUAAGAGGAAGGAGAAUUAACUCCUCUACAGGAAGAAUAUUUUGCCAUAGAGAAGGUAAGAAAAUGACUCAAUAACUACAUUCUACAUUCUGAUACUUUUAGUACACGGGAAGGAAAGAACAGCAGUGGUGGUGAUAUAUAUAUAUAUAUAUAUAUAUAUAUAUUGAUGAGAAUUAAUGAUGUGAGGAUGGAAAUGGAGGAAUAAUUCAUGGUUGAAGGGAAUUGAAUAUGGCAGAUUGCUGUUGGAUAGUGACCUGUGGAGAAGGAAAUUAGCACCACUUCUUUCUUUCUUUUCUAAAGAAAUACUAUUGUCAAAGGGAAUAAUGAUCAAUAAGAACAAGUGUGUGGUCUGAGUUAUGUCUCAAC